CAUUCAGAAAGGGGGCGUGUUUGUGUCCUGGUACCAGACUGCUCUGCAAGCUGCUGAAAGGAAGAGAGAUUUCCCAUCACACACACACACUUGUCUCUACAACGUAAACACACUGCGAGGGACGAAUUCACACGGAGUAUGGACCUGAGUCUGCGAGAUGCUCUGGGUGGAGGUGGAGGCGGGGCUCCAGCUGAGCCCCUGCUCAAGAGAGACUUUGUGGCUUCGCUGGAGAAGGAGAGCUACGACGACAAGGUGGGAGAGACGGUUUCCAAGACCGACUACAGACCCUUGGUGGACGGAAAGGACACCAAGAGUGGUAAGUUGCCUUUAGUGUGCAUGAAGAGCUGUGAGAAUGAGCUGUGAUCCCAUGCCCUCUGU